GACUAUGUGUGUCGCCAUAUUUACGGCGGCCAUUUUCUUCUCUCUCAUUCUGCUUGUUUGGCCGACAUUCAGUGCCGCAAUAGACGCGUUGGUGAACACCCGUUUUGUGUCGAUUUAAUGUACUGCGAUAACUCUUCUACCUACUUCUGGGAUCUCUUAUGCACUCAUUUUAGGGUUAACUCCAUCUCCUUGGCAAUGAAAUAGCAUAAGAUAAACAAUGCAAUUAAUAUUAGAUACUGAAGCUUCCAUACAUAUACAAGAAAAAAUGACUACUGUAGAAGAAACAAUGAAAAAGAAUGAUAAUAAUACUGAUGAAACAUUAAAAAAUGUUAUUAGUAACGGUAACAAAGAGAAUAUGCAGUGCCAAGAAAAUAUAAUGAAAAUUUCAGAAGAAGAAAGAAAUGGUUUUCAAAAAAGAGACGAUAAUGAUGAAGAAGAUGUAUCACUGCCAAUAAUAGAAAAUAAGGAAUAUGAAAUUAAAAAAAAUGAUGAUCUACAACUACUAAAUGAUAAAGAUGAAAACUACACAAAAGUAAAUGAUAAUGGAAAUGUAGCAAGUAAAGAAAUAGACGAACGAGACGCCAGUGAAUCCGACAGUUGUAAUGAUACAAUUGAAAAGGAAAGAGAAUCUUUUGAUUCCGAUUUAAAAGAAAAGAGUUCCGUUUUGGUUAUAAAAAGUAAUAAUCUACAAGACAUAUCGUUAUCUAUAGCUAAAGGAGAAGAAAAAAGAAAAGAAACAAAUACGAGUGAAACAGAUACAGUUAAUGUUGAUGUAUUAGAAAAAAAUAAUGAUAAUCCUAUGGAUGUGUCGAAUGAAAUUGAAAAUAAUGAGCAAAUUAAUUUAAAAAGUACUGCUGAUUCUGCAGAGUCCUUAACUACUACAGCACUGACUGAAGAUUCAGAUUAUAUUCAUGACGAUGUGACUGGUAGUAAAAAUAGUUCCUUUGAGACCAACAUGGAUGUUGAUGAACAUAUAAACGCUUUUGAAAAUGUCGUUGACGUCCGAAUCGAAUGCAAUGCUGUGAAUGCAAUUCCUAAUCAGAGUGAGCCAUCAGCGACUCAAGAAGUCUUAUGUGAGAGUAUUAGUUCCACCGACAAAGAUAACACUUUAAAACAGACGUCGCUGCUUCACAAUAAUUCUACAGUUAUGAACUCAGAAAAUACAACAUUAGUAGACAACACAAUAGAUUCGGAUAACAUAACUUCAAUAGAAAAAGAAGUACUUUUAGAAAAUGUGACAUCAGUUGACAAAGCUAUUGAGGUAGACGAUUCAAUGGCAGUUGAUAAAGUAGAAGUUCUGCCUAAGACGCCAGUAAAUCAAUCCGAAGUUUUAGAAAUUACAAUGCCAGACGAGGAACCAGCUUCAACCAUGUCACUUGACAAAACAGCCUCAGACAUAGCGACAGAUAAUAAUUUGGAAUUUGAUCAAGGAGAACCGUCACAUGUAUCAUCGUCUAAUAAACAAGUUAAAGACAAUACACUAUCAGUUGAUGAAAAGCUGAACUUACAAAAUUCCAAAUCAGCUGAUGAAGUGACAGUCUUGGGUAAAACAACAACUAAUGAAGAAUUAAAUGAGGAAAUGUCAUCGGCUGACGUAGACAAAGACAUUGUUAUCGAAAAAGCCCCUUCAUUAAACAUAGAAUCAGAAGAAAAUAUAACGUUAAUGGAUAAAGAAGAAAUAUUGGAUGUAGAUUCGAAAAAAAACGUUUUUGUCGGUACAGAACCCAAAAAACCAAAAGAAAACCUGGCACCGAAGUCAAAAGUAGAAGUUCAAAAUAAGCCCUUUUCAAAAUUAUCAAACACGUUAGAUAUACUAUCUGAUGAUGAAGACGAUGCUCCUAAAAUAGAUGCGAAGGAAAGUGGACAGAAAUAUUCAAACUCAAUGGAAAAACAAUGUAUCAAUAUAGAAGAUGACGACGAUAUAAUGUUAAUAGAUGAAGACGUUAAAGAUAAUAAAAGUAUAUCAAAGUCAGCAACAACGGAAAACAAAUCAGAAGAAAAAGAAAAAGAAAUAUGUGACGAAAGUACGAUUGAUUUGAAAAAUGCCACAGAAAUUAUUAAAAGUUGCACACCAGCUGAUGAUGAAACAACUGAAACUGAUAACGACACUCUAACAUCUGAAAAGAAAACGCAAAAUACCAAUGUAACAACUGAAGAGGGAGAGAAACCAAAAGAAGAAACUUUUGAGAAACCGGUAAAAGAAAAACCACUGUUGCCUGUGAAUUUCUUGAAAGCUUACAAAAAGAACUUGACUGACAUGACUAGAGAAGACCUAGAAGAAUUUUGUGUUUUUAAAAUUGUGGAGAGUAUUGUAGACAGAAGCAACUUGAGUGACAUAAAAUCAAAAUUGAAAGAAAUGGCCCAAAAUAUCGAAGAGUAUAAAAAGAAAACCAUGAUGUUAACAAAGCAAAAUAGGGACCUUCAAGUAGUUUUAAAAUCUGUACAAGAAGAACAAAAGAAAAACGCUGAUAACCCUACAGUGAUAACACCAUUGAAAAUUACCAGGUCUGUCGGUAUGCAAGUUCUUAUGAUUGAAAAACCUGGAACAAGGAAAAAAGUAGCAAAUACGCCUAAUGUCAACAAUAAUACGAGCAAUAGAAAUGUUCGAACUGCCAAUCAAAGCCCUAAAACUCAAAAACCGUCAGGUGUUAGCCCAGCAAUACCUGUUCCUAGGCUAGUACUAGCAAAUAAUCCUAUUGCGAAAAUCCCUCCUGCUACGGCACAGGGUCCUCCCAAUAACAGCCAAGCAAAAACACCUAGUCCUGUUCCAAAUGGUAUGAGAAAUUCCUCACCUGUUCAAAAAGUUGCAGAAAAAAGACCAAUCAGUCGUUUAUCGUCUGUCACAGUAGACUUAACGGAUGACGAACCACCAGCCAAAAUGACCCCUCGUAAUUCUCCUGCCCCGCCGAUCAGAUUAGUAUCUCCCCAGAACCUUUUAGCACCCAGACAGGCUUUCGGACAAACACUGAAUAGUCCUAGAAAGGUAUACAUACCCAUCAGUGGCCCACAAAGUCAAAAUAUCAGACCUGGUCAAGCGAUAAUGCUGAAAACUGUGCCACAAGCAGGAUCAACGCCAAGACCGAGGGUGGCACCGCCUCAUUUGGCCAGAAUGCCUCAGAAUACAGUGCGCAUGCAGUCUAGAGGCCAGAAUAGACAUCCUGCGCCUUUACCUGAUGCUGUGAAGCAAUACCAACCGCCUAAUUGGAAGGCACUACCUCCAGCGCCAGAUCUUAAACUGUCCAAAGUAGAGAACGGCAUUGUAAUAUCAUGGAAAAUUGAUGGUUACCUAGAUGAUAGUUACGAAGAAAUAGCAAGUUAUCAACUAUACGCUUACCAAGAAACAUCUUCACCUCCAAGUACAGCUUUGUGGAAAAAAAUUGGCGACGUAAAAGCUUUACCCUUACCAAUGGCAUGCACAUUGACGCAUGUGAUGGCAGGUUUUAAAUAUUAUUUCGCUGUAAGAGCUGUUGAUAUCAGAUCUCGUCUUGGGCCUUUCAGUUUACCUGGAAGUAUUUUGCUCCUGAAUAAAUUGUAAGACUGAUUACCAUAAAAUAUAUUGAGUGUUCGUCGACUACAAUAUCAUACAUUGUGGCAGUGAAUGAGUGACACUGAUGUGAUAGAGUUAUCUGUUUAGUUAUUUAUUUAUCUUGUGUACAGUUGAGUUUUAAACGGUAAUAUCUCAAUAAUUUAAGUUUAUUUGUAGUUAAUAUUGUAAAUUAUGGAGAAAAGUGGUACCUUCUACAUGAAGAUCAGUUCUAAACACUGUUGAAAUUAAGAAUUGCAUAUUGUAUGACAAUAUAGUCUAAUAUUGAAGGUAGAUAGACAAAUACAUGCGGCCGAAAUGGAGUCAUUCUAUUAUGAUUCAGUAAAAUUAUUAAGUGUUUAGCAUUUUUACUUGGAAAUUCUGUAUUUUAAAUUAUUGAAUUUAGCUUUGUGAGUACAGUCAAUAGCACAUUUGUGGAGAAGUCUGUAUUUCUCUACUACAUUUUAUUUUGAUAUAACUUUAGCUGUUUACUGUACAGAACUUGCAGAAUAGUUUAAUUCCUGGAAAACUAAUAUAAAAUCUGAAAACAGUCUGGUGUUUUUUUUUUUGAGGCUAAAUUAUUAUACCUAAGUCCUAUGUAAAAAUAAAAAAAAAUAAGCUUAACUACAACCUACUUUACAUGAUUUUAUUACAGUUGUUGGAUUAAUUUUACACGUUUGGUUAUAGUGAGACGUACUAUC